UGUAAUAACAAGAAGCGAGAGUUUUAGCUCGGUAAACUAUAAGUGAUAAAUUCUAUGUUUACUUGAAUUUCUGGUCUUCCCGAAACAUAUAUUAUUUUGUGUAGAGAACUCAAUAAUGGAAGAAGACCAAGAACAAAGGUCUGGUGCUCAAUCGCGCGUAGCUAGUGCGGCUUCGUCGCAUGUAGAUGGUGAGGAAGACGAGGUGGAGGAGGUGAAACCUACUCCGACAUCCUUGAAUAUGUGUUGGUCGUUUGGUGUAAACAGGCAUGUUCCAGUUCAGAAUUUAUCUAAUGGAAGUAGAAAGGUGGCAUUCUAUGUAUGUUCACAUGUUGGCAUCAUGUUUGACUGGGAAGCAAAUAAACAGCAACUUCUACAAGGCCAUUGUAAUGCGAUUUCUUGUACAUGUGUCAGUGAGGAUAGACGGUGGGUUGCAACUGCAGACUGUGGUAAAGAUAGUAUGGUUAUUAUCUGGGACUCACUCACAACUAUUCCAGUACAGACAAUAUUUGAAGCUCACCCUAAUGGCUGUGCAGCCAUUGCCAUGUCUCCUGAUGCUAAAUAUAUUGCCACAAUAAGUAGCACCCUGCCACAGACUGUAUCUGUGUGGGAUUGGACAGUUAAUGGUGACAUGCCGAUGUGUUCUGUUGUGCUUGGUGAUGACUUUGGAAAACAGACUUACAUCACUUUCAACCCAGAGGAUACAACUGAACUUGUCAGUAACAGUGAGUCUCAAGUUAUUUUUUAUCAGUGGAAUGAGAAGACAUUAGAGUUUGUUGCCCCACCUCUCACAGACAAGGAUUUCAAUCGGAGUGUUGGGCUCUAUAGCCAGUCCAUUUUUCAGCUCCAGUCCCCUAGAGCCCUCACAGCAACAAGUUGUGGCAACAUAGUGGUUUGGGAACAUACUGGAGGGGACUUAAAAUGCAACAGAAAAGCAUUCAAGAUUGUGAAGUUGCAGGAGAAAGCUCUUACACUACUCACAACUACUAACAGGUUCAUUGUAACAGGAGAUGUGGCAGGUCAUGUGAGAUUUCUUGAUCAACAGCUUAGGCUCACUAACUGGUAUAAGCACUUCAAUGCAGGGCCAAUCAAUGCAGUAUCAUUUUCUUACUCACCAAAGAUAGCUGAUAGACAAACUCCUCAAGUUCAAGCAAACUAUCCUCCCAGCUCUACUUUGGAUGCUGUACCAUUUGUAGUAAAUGAUUUCUUGAUUAGCACAUCAACUACUAACAUUGCUCAUUUUGCCACUGAUGGGAGUAAACUACAGUUUGUCCGUAGGGAGCAUGAUAGUGACACUCAUGCCAUAGCUUGCCACCCUUCUGGACCAAGGUUGUGUAUUGGAAGUUAUUCAGGCCUACUACAGCUUUGGGAUUAUGAGAAAAAAGAACUGUUGGCGAGUCGAGUUUUCGACCAGCGUCAACUGAUGAUCCAGUGCAUGACCUUUAAUCCCUCUGGAGAUCUUUUAGCUAUUGGAUUUACCAAUGGUAAUGUGCGUGUCUUAGAUGGAUUGCUGUUGAAGGAAGAAGGGCACAGUGAUGGCCUUGCUGUUUUCAAUCACUGCCAUGAUUGUGUCACUAAUAUCAAAUUCUCUCAUGAUUCCAACUAUUUGGCCACAUGUGAUUUAGACCGCUGUGUUACUGUUUUCAAAGCACAGAUGGAUAACUCGGACCAACCUUGGGUUUAUAUUGGUAAACAGAGAGCUCACUAUAAAACAAUACAAGACAUUUCCUUUGGGAUAGCUCUGGACAGUGAUAUCCCUCGGUUACUUUCCCUGGGCCAAGAUAGAGUGUUGGUGGAGUAUGAUCUCCUGAACAGCAGCACAGAUGACCUCCGUCUCAUCAGUUCAGAGAGAAUUGAACAAAGUGCAGUACCACAGUGUUUCACUUGGUAUCCACCAAUUGUCAAGGAAAAUUUCCUAGUUGUUGCCAACGAUCAGUUCAAAUUAAAACUGUUUAACUCAACCACGAAGAUGUGCAGACAGACGCUGCUAGGACCAACAUAUGGCACUCCACUGAGAAGACUAAUCGUGUUACCAGCUCACGAAGAAAGACUAUCACGAUAUCUCCCUUACAUUACAGUGGACAAGCUAAAAGUGAAAGUGGCUUUAUUCUUUUUCAGUGCGUUGGAAGCUUCUGCCACGCUCGGCGGUGAGGGCCUGGUUCCGUUUUACGGUUUAUUAGAAGGAGGUCGGGACGGUGAACUGUGCGCUGAAUUGGAGGACUAUUUCUAUUACGCCCAGAUCAGAAGUCAAGGUGUGGAAACUACAGACACCAGACAAGUAUCAACAAAAGUACCACUAGCUCAGGUGCCGUAUAUCAUGCGAGCUUUGGGAUACUAUCCCACGGAACAAGAGAUUGAUGACAUGAUCAAUGAGGUGAAAUUCAGAGAUUACGUUGCAACUGGAAAAUAUGUAAAUGAGAUUGAUCUGGGUGAAUUUAUAAAACUUUACGUCAACCAUCGCCCUGCGUUUGGCUUAUCGCCGUUUGACUUAAAUGAAGCAUUUACCAAGCUGGGUAUGCCCAGCGACGAAGGAUUCGUGAUUGAUCGUGACAGACUUUUGACUCUGUUACAGAACAAAGGUGAACAUAUGACAGAGGCUGAGCUGGCCGAAUUCAUGUCUACGUUGCUGGGUCUCGGAGAAUUAGGUGGCAGCGCGGAGACUGGUACUUAUGACGCUUCUAAUGCAAGCGACUUGCUAAAGGAGCAUCUGCCAGAAAAUGUCACUGCUGACAGCUUUGCGGCUCAAGUGUUGGGUUUCGUUACUGAAGGAAAUGAGACGCCGUCUAGCUGAAUUAUUGUUGGGAAGUUUUAAUUUCAGACAUAGUCGCUUUAACGUUGAGGAAUUUAUUUAUUUUUAAUGUUUCUUAGGGAGCAAGCACCCAUUUUAUCAUUUCAUCACACUUACGUGUUAAGGACUUCCCAGGAUACAAAAAAACAUCUCCUCAUACAAAAAGCGUUUGAACAGAUUUUAUAGUUGUGUUUAAAGAGAUAUGAAGUAGCAACUGAGUUAUUCAAACACAGCACAACAAUCACAUUGUGAUCUGUGAUGUGUCCAGUGUGGAAUUUUUUGCAUUCCCCGAAUCUCAUAUGGUCAUCCAGGCAGGAUAUUUACUGCUUGAAAUAGUGUACAUAUGAAUAUAUUGAUAAUCUCUAGCGUGAAAAGCUGAUUCUCUUUAAGGGAACAGCUUAUAAUAAAGAAGUCCAAUUUCUUUAGUA